UUUUGCCAUCAUCAAGGCGAAAUACCCAAAAUCUCGGCUCUCUACGACCCGCAACCUGGAGAACCACUCGUGAGACCUUCGAACAUAGGAUUGCAAUUUUCUACUGAUCCAGCCGACCGAUUUCCUCACUCGAAACCGAUCUCCCGCUACUCUACGACCAAAAAACCACUCUACGAUCAAAAAACCACUUCUGAAAUACCGUCCGAAUUGCCCCGCCUUCAUCAUGUCUGCCAGCGGCGACCCCAAAUACGACGACAUCGAGUCCGAGUCUGACUCCGGCGAGUCUGUCGGCCACAACGAGGCUGGCGACGAGAAGCCCCUCAAGUCGGCUCUCAAGAAAUCCAACCCAGCUAUCGCAGCGCCCGCGACUCAAAGACCUCCUCUGCCCCCACAAACCGACCCUAAAGAUCUCGAUGUUGCGAGCCUGACCCCCUUGACGCCCGAGAUUAUUGCCCGUCAAGCUACUAUCAACAUUGGUACCAUUGGCCAUGUAGCUCACGGAAAGUCCACCGUCGUCAAGGCUAUCUCUGGUGUCCAAACGGUUCGUUUUAAGAACGAACUCAUCCGCAACAUCACAAUCAAGUUGGGCUAUGCCAACGCCAAGAUCUACAAAUGCGACAACCAAGCAUGCCCUCGCCCUGGAUGCUACCGCAGUUACAAGAGUGAGAAGGAAGUUGAUCCUCCUUGUGAGAGAGAUGGCUGUGGCGGUACUUACAGGCUAUUGCGACACGUCUCAUUCGUCGAUUGCCCUGGUCACGAUAUUCUCAUGAGCACCAUGUUGUCAGGCGCUGCCGUCAUGGACGCCGCUCUCCUUCUCAUCGCUGGUAACGAAUCUUGCCCUCAGCCCCAAACAUCCGAGCACUUGGCUGCUAUUGAGAUUAUGAAGCUCGACAAGAUCAUCAUUCUGCAGAACAAGGUCGAUCUUAUGCGAGAAGAGGCUGCGCAGCAGCACUACCAAUCCAUCCUCAAGUUCAUCCGAGGAACUGUCGCCGGCAAGUCCCCAGUCAUUCCCAUCUCUGCCCAGCUCAAGUUCAAUAUCGAUGCCGUCAACGAGGCCAUUGUCAACACCAUUCCCGUUCCUCCCAGAGACUUCAGCAUAGAUCCUCAUAUGAUCGUCAUUCGAUCAUUCGACGUCAACAAGCCUGGUUCCGAGAUCGAUGACCUCAAGGGUGGUGUCGCCGGUGGUUCUAUUCUCCACGGUGUUGUCAAGCUUGGUGAUGAGAUUGAGAUCCGACCUGGUAUUGUCUCCCGAGACGAUAGCGGUGCCCUCAAGUGCACACCCAUUUUCAGUCGAGUCGUCUCGCUUAACUCCGAAGCCAACGACCUCAAGUACGCCGUACCCGGUGGUCUUAUCGGUGUCGGCACCCGAAUCGAUCCUACUCUGUGCCGAGCCGAUCGUCUAGUCGGUUUCGUCUUGGGUCUCAAGGGCCGCCUUCCCGAGAUCUACAGUGAGAUCGAGGUCAACUUCUACCUUCUCCGCCGCCUGCUUGGUGUGAGGACCGCCGAUGGUAAACAAGCUAAGGUUGCUAAGCUCGCUAAGAACGAGGUUAUCAUGGUCAACAUUGGCUCUACCUCCACUGGCGCCAAGGUUGCUGCCAUCAAGAACGACGCUGCUAAGCUUGUCCUGACCAGCCCUGCCUGUACCAAUAUCGGCGAAAAGGUUGCUCUGAGCAGACGUAUUGAGAAGCAUUGGCGUCUCAUUGGUUGGGCUACCAUUGCUGCUGGUGUGACCCUUGAGCCCAGUACUGCUUAGACUUUCCACCUGGACCAAUGAACAACUUAGCAGCUUUUUCGCAUGAUUUCCCGGCUACAUCACAUGAAGAGCUCAAGAACGCCCAAUUGCAGAGGCAAAGCCUCUGAAGGCAUUUUGAGUAGACAGUUGGCGCUGGAGGGGGGCCUGGUGUUUGGUGGUCUUUUAUAGGAGAGCAUGGAGACGAAAAAAUAAAGAGGAGCUAGAUGAGUCCAUGCCACGAGCGAUAAAGAACAUGUGGCUGUGACUAGUGGAUGAGAAAUGUAGUUACGCUGUGAACGCGUCGAGGUAACACCAACCUCACAAGGAGACCCAAAAAGUUUUAGCCAAACGCUCAUAGCACGAAAUGAAGAGAUUUCAUGACUAAACGCAUGAGUAUAUGCAAUAUCUAUUUGCGCGUUUUGCGCGCGUGCUUGACCAAGUUUUCUAUGACGCCUUCGAAUGCUUCUCGAUCGCCAAUCUUUUCGUCGGUUCUCUUCUUCCAAUAUUCCAAUGCUUCCUUGGCCGCUUCCUGCAAACCUUCCAGUUUGGCUACGUGCGCUUUUAGUUCCUCAUCAGUCAUACCAUCAAGCGCUUCAUCUGUUGUUUGGCACAAAUGACGAGCAGCCACGAGGUCCAGUUCGGGUUGUGGUGGAGGCCCGCGCCGCUUUCUUGUCGAGGCUGAUGGCUUUCCUUGGGUAUCAACUGAUGUAGAUGAAUUGUUACCUUCGCCUUGCCGUAACCUAGAUACAGACCGGGAAUCUGUGGACGUUCUAGGCGAUAAUGAAGGGACGUUGAGAGAGGGGAGGACGAGUUUCUUCUGCUUAGAGGCUGGGAGGAUCUCGUCGAGGUCGACGGGAACACCGAGUGACACGAGAAAGAGGCGGCGUGUGCGAGAGCGGAUCCAAUCAGGGGGUGCGAGAGGAGGUGGCGCUACCAGUUGUGACCAGAGAGAUGCAGACCUUGCUGUGAAAAACACCGAGUCCUUGGAGAGAGGUGGGAAUGUGGGAAGAUCGAGUUCUUCUGGGGGGUAUAGAUUAGCGAGGAAAGGCUCUAAAGCAGAUACGACUGCUUCUGGAUCAAGUCCUUCAAAAUCGGGUAUGGACUAGAUUCACAAUGGUUAGCGAAGUAAAAGGGGCAUAACGUAGAUAUAUCUCACGAAUGGUAAUGUUGAUUGCUGCGAAGCCUGUGUGGCAGUGGGCGCUGGUGUCUCUGCUUCCUGGAAGCCAUCUUCAAAGUCAUCGAAGUCAUCGUCCUCAUUACCCUCCUCGAAAUCAUCAAAGUCGUCGCCG